ACUUUCAAGCGCAGUCGGUCUUCGGCAGUCAGCGUGCGGCGUGUGUCCCCCAUCCGUCCGGUGACCUGCUCACUUUGUCUUUCGGGUCUGCCUCUGUUUCGCAGCUGUCAUCAUGUCCCGUUGUCUCGGCUUGGCCCGGUUCGUCCUCGGUUCUUCUCACAGGACCGGUUUUCGGUCAACGUCUUGUGCGCGAGGGCUAAGCAGCCUAACGGUCCCCGGAGAUUUUCAAGUUAGACAGCAGCCGAGGAGGAGCCACCAGCCCGUUGUGUGGAGGAAUCAGUGGUCCUCCCUGGGCUUCAGCCAGCAGUCUUACUACAGCACUCAGGAAGUGGAAAAAGAGCCAGAGGAGGAGCCUCUACACACCAUCAUCACUGAUACAGAGUCUGUGGAAGGUAGUUUCUCUAAACAUGAAUUUCAGGCUGAAACAAAGAAACUUCUGGACAUAGUUGCCAGAUCUUUGUACUCAGAGAAAGAGGUUUUUAUCAGGGAGCUGAUCUCUAACGGGAGCGACGCCCUGGAAAAGCUGCGGCACAAAAUGAUCACAGCCGGCGGGGAAACGGCUCCGAUGGAAAUUCACCUGCAGACUGACGGGGCUAAAGGAACGUUUACCAUUCAGGAUACAGGAGUUGGUAUGAACCAGGAGGAGCUGGUGGCCAACCUGGGUACUAUCGCCCGCUCUGGAUCCAAGGCAUUUUUAGACGCGCUGCAGAACCAGACAGAAGCCAGCAGCACCAUCAUUGGUCAGUUUGGUGUGGGUUUCUACUCCGCCUUCAUGGUGGCUGACCGUGUGGAUGUCUACUCCCGCUCUGCAGAGCCGGACGCCCCCGGAUAUAAGUGGUCCUCUGAUGGCUCUGGGGUGUUUGAGAUUGCUGAAGCCAGCGGUGUUCAACAGGGAACAAAGAUCGUGCUGCACCUCAAAGACGACUGCAAGGAGUUUUCCUCUGAGGACAGAGUUAAAGAGGUUGUGACAAAGUACAGCAACUUUGUUAGCUUCCCCAUCUUCCUGAACGGACGGAGGCUCAACACUCUGCAGGCCUUGUGGAUGAUGGAGCCUAAAGAAAUCAGCGACUGGCAGCACGAGGAGUUCUACCGCUACAUCGCCCAGGCCUACGACCGGCCGCGCUACACGCUGCACUACCGCGCCGACGCCCCGCUCAACAUCCGGAGCAUCUUUUACGUCCCCGACGCGAAGCCGACCAUGUUCGACGUGAGCAGGGAGAUGGGCUCCAGCGUGGCUCUGUACAGCAGAAAGGUUCUGAUCCAGACCAAAGCCACCGACAUCCUGCCCAAGUGGCUGCGCUUCCUCCGAGGCGUGGUGGACAGCGAAGACAUCCCUCUGAACCUGAGCAGGGAGCUGCUGCAGGAGAGCGCCCUCAUCAGGAAGCUUCGCGAUGUUCUGCAGCAGCGGGUGAUCCGCUUCCUGCUGGACCAAAGCAAGAAGGAUCCGGAGAAAUACAACACGUUCUUUGAGGACUACGGGCUCUUCAUGAGGGAGGGCAUCGUUACCACGCAGGAGCAGGACGUAAAGGAGGACAUCGCAAAGCUGCUGAGGUUCGAGUCGUCGGCUUUGCCGGCCGGCCAGCACACCAACCUGAUGGAGUACGGCUCCCGCAUGAAGGCCGGCACGCGCAACAUCUACUACCUGUGCGCCCCGAACCGGCAUCUGGCAGAGCACUCGCCUUACUUUGAGGCCAUGAAACAGAAAGACAUGGAGGUCCUGUUCUGCUACGAGCAGUUUGACGAGCUCACCCUGCUCCACCUGCGGGAGUUCGACAAGAAGAAGCUGAUCUCCGUCGAGACCGACAUCGUGGUGGAUCACUACAAGGAGGAGAAGUUCGAGGACAGCAAGCCAGCAUCCGAGCGGCUGACGCAGGAGCAGGCGGAUGACCUGAUGGCCUGGAUGAAGAACGCCUUGGGCCCCAGAGUCACCAACAUUAAGCUGACUCCUCGGCUCGACACUCAUCCCGCCAUGAUCACGGUGCUGGAAAUGGGCGCGGCCCGCCACUUCCUCCGCACCCAGCAGCUGGCCCGCACCGCCGAGGAGAGGGCCCAGAUCCUGCAGCCCACGCUGGAGAUCAACGCUGGACACGAUCUGAUCAAGAAGCUGCACUCUCUGAAGGACACAAACUCUGAACUGGCUGGACUGUUACUGGAACAGAUCUACGACAACGCCAUGAUUGCUGCCGGCUUGAACGACGACCCACGGCCGAUGAUCGCCCGCCUCAACGAGCUCCUGGCCAAAGCGCUGGAGAAGCACUGACGGCUCUCAGACCGAUUUCAGGUCGGAUGUCAGAGGCUCGACGGAGGACUAGAGUUGUCUGGGAGAACCGUACAGAGCCGUUGGAGUGCUUUGUUGCUGCACGAAACCGAGCUACUGGACGCUUCUCCAUCCGGUUCUGUGGUGUUAGAUGUUUCAUCCAUACUAAGUUUGAAGACAAACUCCCUGGUUUAUAUCUGAUGGACUCACAUUCCAUUAAUGUCUGGGUAUAUGAAAGUUUUAAAGUCUCCAAACAUUUCAUAAUCCUGAAAACUGCAUAUAGACCUGGGGAGUGAUGGUACCUCAGUUGUCCAAAAAAAGCUGUUUAUCUAUUUAAGUGGAAAUCACAAACUCUGAAAUAAAGAUAACCCAGAAAUCUUGGAAAAAAACAACUUUACUGCAUUCAAACCGUCUCUGCUGUGACCACCAACAACGCCUCAUCCUGCAUUCAGUCUGCCAGACACAGCGAAGUAGUUCCCAGCAGCUUUGGGCUCGGCGUCCCAGCGCCGUCAGUCCACUUUAACCACGCCGAGGCGGUUCUGAUCCAUUACGCUCCACAGAGCCGGCUUCCUCUCCCCCCUGGUGAGCCGUUCCUCAGUUCUCACCUCCUGACUGGCCGAGAGCAUCUGAUCCAGUCCGCCGACAUCGUCAAGACAUCUUGUCGAUGUUAGCCAAGAAGCGCUGGGCCCACCAUUCAUCCAGAUCUAUGGGCACGAAGCCUGGAAAGCAGGAAACAAGGACGUGGAACAUCUGUGUAAAAUAAAGUCUGACAACAGUGUGGGAUUUGUUCUAAAAACA